AGACAGACAUAGGCUGAAGAUGAGAUGUAAAGUUGGGUCCAAAUUGUAAAUAUACAACACUACUCAGUACUCUUGGUGCGUGUGUGUGUCUCGUUCCGGCGAUUCAAACGAUGAUCACUUCACUUAAUCUGCAACAGAUUUCGUGCCCUAACAUCAGUUACUCUCACCGCCACCAAUCCUCCGCCACCGUCCGUCCGCCUAACCUCCGCCGUCGACUACCGCACAAUUUGUGCGUCGCUUCUCUUUCUACAAACUCAACCGAUACGUCGUCGUUGGAGCCGUCCGUUUCUUCUUCCACUACCUUUACUACCUCCGUAGGAUCUCCGCCGCCGCUACCGCGAUGGAACCUCACGCAACGGCAUAUUCUCGUCCUCAAUUUCAUCGCCUGUGCGGCGGGAAUUUCUGCUACUUGGCUUUUCUGCUCUACUAUCCCUACCCUUCUGGCUUUUAAAAGGGCAGCAGAAUCUCUUGAAAAACUGCUUGAUGUUACUAGGGAGGAACUCCCUGACACAAUGGCUGCUGUUCGUUUAUCUGGAAUGGAGAUCAGUGACCUAACAAUGGAGCUCAGUGAUUUAGGCCAGGAGAUAACCCAGGGUGUUAAAAGCUCAACCCGUGCUGUGCGUGUGGCUGAGGAAAAAUUGCGCCAAUUGACAAACAUGAAUCCAUCAGCAUCAAUGCAGCAGGUGGUGGCGGUCCAAACAAAACCCGAGCUGGAGGGACCAGCGGUAGCUAGAAAAGCUAGGGGAAUACGGGAGAGCAUUGUAAAAAGCCGUGCAUACAUGCAAAUGUUUUUCUCGAUUACACAUUUUUCCAAGGUCGCCAUUAACUACCUGAAAUCAAGUGCAAAGAGAAAAGCUUGAAAAGUUUACCAUAGGGAAUUGCUUUUGUAACUUGUUAUGAAUUUUGAUGACUUUUCUGGAUGUAUGGAUUUAACCAAAUGUCUUUAUGUCAACGUACUAGGGGACUUAAAUACCCGUAACAAGUGUUUUAUACCUGAUUGGGGAAAUAUCAA